AGCAGUCAUUUUCAGAAGAAAUGUUACCGCUAAAGGAUCUUAACAAAAUACUAGCAUUUCAAUUUAUUGUUCUAUUUAAUUAUGUAUUUUCUCAAGAAAUCCUAGGAUGUGGUGGUUUUAUAAAAAGUCACGAUCUUAUUGAUUAUUCCAAAGUACAAAUUAAAUUAUUUACUAAAAGUGGAAGUCUCAAAGAUCAAACGGAGUGUGCCCCUAAUAAUGGUUAUUAUUUUUUACCUUUGUAUGACAAAGGAGAGUAUGUACUUAAGGUCGAUCCACCUCGUGGUUGGAGUUUCGAACCAACAGAAGUCAUUUUAGAUGUCGAUGGUACCAAUGAUGUUUGUAGCCAGGGUAAAGACAUCAAUUUUACUUUUAAAGGAUUUGGAAUAACUGGCAAAAUCACCAGCAGUAAUUCAAAGAAUGGCCCUGCUGGUGUUACGGUAUCUCUUCACGAAAGUUCAAAUAAAAAACUAUUAGGAACUACUAUAACUGGACAAGAUGGAAUAUUUUCAUUUACUCCAAUUCAACCAGGCAAAUAUACUUUGGUUGCGUCUCAUCCAAAGUGGGUUUUCAUGAAAGAUACAACACAAGUAACAGUAAAAGAAGGUAAUACUGAAUUACCAGAUAAUGAACUUGUAGUUUUUGGAUAUGACGUAAGUGGAAAAGUAACGAGUGAAGAUGAAUCUACUGGGGUAAAUGGAGUUUCAUUUAUUUUGUUCGGUAAUGGAAAAGUUAUGAAUUGUAACAUGCAACCUAUACCAGGCUUCGACAAUCAGAAACCACUAUGUUCUGUGAAUUCAGAUAAAAGUGGUAAAUUUGUAUUCCCGGCUGUUUCAAUAGGUGAAUAUAAAAUAAUUCCUCAUUAUGCAGGAACUGAAACUAAAUUUCAUGUUCAACCACAAGAAAUGAAAUUCACUGUUCAACAUGGAAGUGUAAUUUUACCAGAAAUAUUCAAAGUAACAGGCUUCACAGUUAAUGGAGUAGUAGAAAUAUCAAAUGGAGUACCUUUAGCAAAUGCUAAGGUAUUUUUGUCAGGCAAACUUGUAGCUACAACUGAUGCUAAUGGUCGAUAUUUUAUAGAUAAAAUGAAAACUGGACAAUAUAGUUUAAAAGUCGAGGCAAAUGAUGUCAAAUUUGAUGAAAAAAUAGUUAAGAUAUCACCAAGUACGCCGGAGUUGCCACAAUUGAAACCAAGUUCUUAUAAAGUUUGUGGCUCUGUAACUCUUUCAGCUAAAGAAGCUCUUGAUUGUCGGAACAUUGUAGUAACCAAUGCAGCAGGAACUUUUAAACAAGAAAUAAAUACUGAUCCUAAGACAGGUAAAUAUUGUUUAUAUCUUCCACCUGGAAAAUAUCAAUUAAAUGUUGUUGUAUCAGCUAAUGAAAAAUCCAAAGGAUUACAAUUUUUCCCACUUGAACAAAUAAUUACGGUGGACACUAAGCCACUAAAUGAUAUUAAUUUCUUACAAUUGAAAGCUACUGUAACAGGAACGUUAGAAUGUUUAGAAAAUUCUGAUUGUGAUAAAGUUUCCGUCACUCUCAAAGUUGUUGAUGGAAUUACUGUUAAAACAGUUGAAGCAAGUAAUGGAUAUUAUGAAUUCACAGAAAUUUUACCAGGUAAUUAUCAAGUUCUGAUAGAUACUGAUGUUUAUUGUUGGGAAAAUCCAACUCAUCGUAUAUCAGUAACAUCAGAACAUGCUCAAGUUCCACCAUUUAAACAAACUGGGUUCUCUGUUACGUUUAUAUCUUCUCACGACACAGCUGUUGAAUUUUAUGACAAGGUAAAAUUAAAGAAAGUUGCAUUAACACUUCCACGAGGUAGUACAAGACACUGUGUAUUAAGUCACGGUGAAUAUAAAUUUGUACCAAAGAGUUGCCAUAUUUAUGCCAAAGAUUCGUAUGUCUGGGAUACUAAAAGUUUGACAGCAAUUAUAUUAACAUCUAGACAACAUCGGCAUCGGGGUAAAAUAAUUAGUAAUAAUAAUUUAGUUGAUAGUGUGAAAGUUAAAAUUGAAAGUGAUGGUGCACCAACUAUUUUUAGCCCAGUUAAACAUAAAAAAGAUGAAGAUAAUAAUAAAUAUACGUUCGAAUUUAAUGCUGAAACAGAUCAGACUUAUGUUAUAACGCCUCUAUCUGAUAUCUUUCUCUUCACUCCAACGUCAUUAAAAAUAAUAGGUGGCAAUGAUUGUGAUAAUAAUGCAGCAACAUUCAAUGCUGAAUUAGGUAAAAUAGUUGAAGGUCAAAUAAAUCCACCUCUAAAUGAUUUUAUUAUUCGAAUCUAUGGAAAAGACAAGGAAAUUCCAAUCUACACUGUAGUGACACAAGCUAAUGGUACAUAUCGUGUUGGACCUUUGGAUGGAAAAAUUGACUACACUGUGACUGCUGAAAAAGAAGGAUAUGCAGUUAUUGGACCUGAUAGUAAUGGAAAUUUUGCAGCUCACAAAUUAGCUGAAGUUAUAGUCCAAGUGACUGAUGCUGCUAAUCCUAAUGUACCACUUCAAGGAGUUCUUCUUUCUCUAUCUGGUGGUCAAGCAUACAGAAAAAAUAGUAUGACAUCAGAACAAGGCAGUUUAGUAUUUAAUUCACUCUCACCUGGUGAAUAUUAUUUAAGACCUAUGAUGAAAGAGUAUAGAUUUGAUCCUCCAUCAAAAAUAAUCACUGUAAGUGAAGGCGCAACUUUAGAAGUUAAAUUAGCUGGCAAUAGAGUGGCGUUCAGUGCUUAUGGUUCAAUAAUAUCUUUGAAUGGUGAUCCAGAACCUGGUUUAGUUGUUGAAGCUCAAGGGCAAGAUAAUUGCGAGCAAUAUCAAGAAGAAGCUACCACUGAAGAUAAUGGUAAUUUCCGAAUUCGAGGAUUACAACCAACAUGUACAUAUCAUAUUCGUUUGAAGCCAAAUGUUGAUUCUAACACUCAUAUUCACCGAAUCUCACCUGAAUAUAUUCCGAUAAAAGCGACUGAAGACGUCACAAAAUUACAGUUUAUCGCAUUUCAUCCUAUUCCUCGGACUGAUGUCUCUGUACAUAUUUUCUCCAAUUCACCUGAGUACUAUCGGACACUUCAAUUGAAAUUAUGUCGUGAAGAUGAACCUGAUUCUUCCAUUUAUGUCGCAAAAAUUGAUGCACAACAAUCAAUGAAAUUUAAUAAUCACAAUAAUAAUCCUGGAUUCCUAGUUCAUUUACCAUCACUUCAAUCGAAUGGAAAAAAGUAUUUCCUUCAAUUGGAUUCAUCGUUAUCACAAGAUUUAUAUAAAUAUAAACCACUUACUGUUCAUUUUGUUGCAAAUACAUCAUUUAAAGCUAUAACAUUAACAUUCAAUGCAGAAAGAAAAACUGACCAAGGAGAAAUGAGUCAAUCAUCAAUGAUUGUUUUACCUGUAGUAACACUUUUGAUCUUGACAUUUAUGAAUCGUGAUAAAGUAUUGAGUUUUUUAAAUAUUGCCGCUGAACAAUGGUACAAACCAGCAUCAUCAUCUAGAAUGGGAUCACCAGUUUAUUCAAUCGAUUCACGUGGUGGUGAUGAUAUUAUCGUUGAACAAAUUAUGAAUGUAAAUAAGAGAAAAGUUAAAACUCGAAAGACAUAAUUAAUUAGAAUAAUUAAAAAUACACUUAAAUGUUCAUAAUGAAUCAACUUUUUACGACGGUGUUAAUAAAUAUACGUAAAAAUUUUUUAAUAAUCAUAUUUAUAUCAUAAUGAGUAUCAUCAUUGUUAAUGACACAAUUAAAUUAAAAAUUCAUAUAAUAUUAUUUAUUCAAAAUGAACAUUGUGUUGACAUAAUAAGGUU